UCACCGUCUGGGAAAUCGUCGCAGUAUAAAACCCACAGCCAGGAGGAUUUACUUGAAGAUUUUAGGAAAGGCAUCGUACAUUUAAUAGUUUGUCGUUGGAUCAGCGGUUGACUAACGGUGCGUAACGGUGAUGCGCGUAAUCCAAAUAAAAUAAAAGUUUUACCACUCAAAGAAAUAAGCAGUUCCUUUAAAAAAGACAGAGAGACAGAGAGAGAGAAAAGUUUCGGGGUUGUUUGGCACAGAUAGCAGAACUUUAACUGGUUUUUAACUCAGCGGGACAUGGCAGAGGGAGACUUCUACACUAUGGGAAGCCGGCAGAGGUUUCCUAGGGACCCGUUUGGAGAAUCACCGUUCAGAGACCAGUCUCCGUUCAGGGAUCAGCUCGCAUCUCGGUUUAUAGACGAUGACUUUGGGAUGCCACCCUUCCCUGAUGAUUUGGCAAUGGACUGGCCCGGUUGGGCUCGGCCGGGUCGGCUCAGCACGCGAAUCGGUACCUCGCCUUUCAGCAGCAGUUUACGCACAGGUUUCCCCGCGCGUCAGUCAACGGGAGGCCCUACGCUGUACACCAGCAGGUACGGCGAGCCUUCCUCCCGGAGCUCGCCCAUCACCACUGGCGGAGAGCCCUGGAAAGUUUGUGUGAACGUCCACAGCUUCAAACCAGAGGAAUUAAACGUCAAAACGAGAGACGGAUUUGUAGAAGUGUCAGGAAAACAUGAAGAGAAGCAGGAAGAAGGAGGCAUAGUGACAAAGAAUUUCACAAAGAAGAUACAGAUCCCGGUAGAUGUGGACCCUCUGACCGUUUUCGCCUCCUUGUCUCCUGAAGGCGUCCUUAUCAUCGAAGCUCGGCAGACGCCUCCAUAUUACCUCUUCAGCAAUGAGGGCUCCCAAGGUGGUGACGUACUGGAGGUGGAGGCACCCAAGCCCCAAGAGGCCCCUAUGGUCUAAACCCCCAACUUCCUACCAACAUAACAAAUCAUCCUGCACAACUGAUUACAAGUUUGAUAUGAAAUGUGUGGCCUUCAGCUUCAUGUUGUUAGACAAAUGUGUAAAAUAAUGCAAGGAAAACAGGUGAGUCCUGUUUGAUAUCCUUAUUAAAGCUGCACAAAACAAAACCGAGUCCAGCUAAGCAUCUGAUUAAACAAAAUAAAUGUCGGCUGUAUGAUAAGAAUAAUUUGAACCUGUUCCCUUGUUCCAUUUUCUUAAACCAAACAGAGACAAUUGCCAUAAAUCACACAUCGUCUUAAUUCAUUUGUAUAAUUUGAACUAAAUAUUCCUAUGGUGAAGGCGAUGGAUAUUGUUUUCAUCCAAAUGGUAAGAUGAAUUUGAAUAAUUCAGAAAUAUCUUCAGAACAGCAGUAAAAGUUUGUUGGUUGUUUAUCUUUGAGAAACUCAAAAGCUUAGCGCUGUGACUUGACUGUAAUAAUGACAAAGUGAGGCUUGAUAGAUUUUGUUUUUACUGAAUAUCACAAAUGUUCAAACAGCUCGAUUUAUGGAGCCUCCACUGUGUUCAUUUUUCUUGUGCAGCUUUAAUAUUAUGUAUGGGUACAUCUUGAGGUUAUGCAAGAGCUGUUGAGCCACUGAUUCAUUAUACGUCAUAGCAUUCUCAAUAAACCUGUAAGUUAAUAUGACACUGUGUGAACUUCUCAAGAUCAAAUUUAUAUUUGUAUUUAUAUUAACAUGCAUUUAAUGGAACAGUCUAUGGAACAAACAAUGCGAAAUGUGCCUUUGAUUUCCUUCAGUUCCACAGUUAUUUAUCAUUUUGAGUUAAUGAAUGUCACGUAAACUGACAAGAAACGAAAGCUACCUUUUGCAGCUUCAUUAAAGGGUGAAUUGUGUGCAGUUAAUACUGUAUUCUACCAAAGUGUAUUGUAAAUAUACUUUCAUAUGUACCAAUUCAUUAUAAAUAUUAUAUCUAACGUGUUCCAGGUUUUUGAAAUAUGGUUUGCAUUUUUUCUUUUUUUAUUUGAGCAUUCAGAAAGAUGGCUGCAUGAUUGUUAGAGUGGACAGACUGACACGUAUGCCAAAAACGUUUGUUUCCUGCCUUCUUCUCUGUUGAUGUCUUUGUAUUGGCUGAUGCAAUAAAAAUGUCCAGCCAAUCUCCUGGUGCGUCCUAA